AUGGGAGCUCAUUCAAAUUGCCUGAAAUUAUCAGCUUUGUUAUUUGCCUUUUUCUUCUUAAAAGCAGUUCAAGGCUCAUAUCUAUGGGGAAAGCUCAAUUGGACACAACAGUCAGAGGAUUUGACUGAGAAAUUAAUUGCAGAAAUCAGCCAAGAAGACAAUGGGCACUCAGUCACCCACAUACUGCGAAGCCCAAGUUACAAUCCAAGCUGGACAGAACAACAAGAUGCAAAGAAACACAUUUUAGGAAUAAUCCAGAUGGGAAAUCAUAGAAUGAUAGAGCCUGAGAAAUCUGGAUGGGAAAAGCAAAAAAUGAUGAAGGAAGAUUUCAAUUCACUCAAACAUUUUUCCAGGGGGUUUUCAAAAUUGCCCCAAAGGCUUGGUGAUCUUUUCAAAGACGAGGACUCAAAAUAUGAUCUCUGCUAUGGAAAUUUUUAUAGGCUGAAAGAAAUACAUACAACUAUGGAGAAUUUGCUUCCUGCCUUUCAGGUUGAAAAUUCAAUAAUACCAAAUUAUAAAGAGAUUGAGGAUAUAUUUACAAGAUUACUUCAGGAACUGCUUGGCACUGUAGUUCAAAUGAGUCCUACUAUUAAAACUUAUAGGAGUGCAUGA